AUGUCGAAUCAACCCUUCUCGUUCCCUCCUCCACCACCUCCUCCGAAGCGAAAUCCGGAAAGCAUAUACCACAAACCAAAUGGGUCUCAGGGUAGUACCGGAGGCUCAUUCAGAGGUGGCUACUCGGUCAGAGGAAACACCAGAGACAGCCGCGGAGGCCGUGGCGGUAAUCGCAACGCACCUCUCGACCACCCCAGCAGCUAUUCGCAAAAUUCAAUGAAAUGGUUCAACGAUGGCCCGCGACAGGACUCUUUCAUUCACCCUCCUCAGAAGAGAGAUCAUGCUGCUGCUUUCAAUCCUGUAAAUCAACCUCGUCCUCGUCCGACUGCUGCUCCUGCCGUCCCCAGCUUCAAUGCUUCGAUCGAACACCUCCUCUCUCGGAAGCCUGUGGUAAAUCAGGCUAAUCAGAGUGCUAGCCCUCCGCAACCUAAAAAGCAGAACCUGCUUGGUCUGACCCCUUCAAAAUUGGAAGACGAUUCUAAUCCAGAGGAUGACGAGGAUGAGGAGAACCGCCUGGCGAGCCAUACGAAUUGGAACUCUCAAACUCUAGAAUUCGAGUAUAAAGGACGCACGUCCACAUUACGGACUCCCGAAGAUAUAGCUGCUUGGAUAGCGGAGAGAAGAAGACGAUACCCAACGCAGGCAAAAAUUGAAGCUGCGAAAAAAGAGGCAGAAAAGAAAAAAAGGAAAUGGGAAGAAGAGAAGAGGUUGAGAAUGGAUGCCAAACGUGAGGCUCAGCGGCAGAGGGAUAAGGUACGGGCGGGAAAACAAACAGUGAGGGGGCAGACACUUGAGGUACAGCCACGGAAGUACCAGCAGGAGGCGGACAGCAAACCUGUGAUCGAUGCCGCCGUCCGAACCAAAUCGAAGGUGGAAAAGCUGAGGAAGAGAGCCCUCCAAGCAGAGCAGGAAUUAGCGAAGGCUGAGGAAGCUCUACGAUUUGCACAACCAAUGCAGCAGGUCGCGGAUACGCAGUCUUCAGCCCGCACUUCAAACCAGAUGUUGGAUCUGGAAUCUGAAGCACUCGACUCGUCUUCCGACUCAGACCUGACCGAUUCCGAUGCCACCUCCUCCUCGGGCUCAUCCACCACAGACUCGGAUUCAGAUAACGAGUCUCGUGAGGAUGGCACCCCCGACUCCGACACGGCUCCAGAAAUCUUAAGCACGAAUCAAACCAGACUCGGAGAUGGACUUCGUCCCACACCGCCCUUAGCAAAACCAGCGAAAAUUCCACGUCCUUGCAAGAUUUUCCUCAAGUCUGGCCGCUGUAAAUACGGCUCAAAUUGUCGAUACUCGCACGACAUAUCGGAGAAAAAUCCUUCGAGUGCUCAGAAGGAUGGCGGGGGGAGCAAGAAAGACAUCUCGAAUCCAGCAUCAGUCAGUACCAAGAGGAAAGGUCUGUUCCAAGUCAUGGUCGAAAAGGAGCGAGAGGACGAGAGGAAACGAUUACUAGGAGCUAUUAUCAUGCUUGGGGAAAAGGGAUUACUUGAUGAAACCACGAGAAGUCCGGAUACCUCUGCAAAGGCAAGCGACAGCUCGCCGUAA